AUGUAUAAUUUUGUCAUCAAUGAAGCUGGUUUAAAAAAGCUUAGACAUCCCUGGUGGGAUACUCUUAUAGUAAAGCUUUUGGGAAGGAGGAUCUCCCUUCCGGUUCUAAGCAGGAGGCUUGAAUCCAUGUGGAGCAAACAGGGAUCCAUUGAAGUAAUAGAUUUGGGGAACGAUUACUUCAUAGUCAAAUUCUUCUCUCAGGAGGAUUUGGACUUUGCUUUAACUGGAGGACCUUGGAGAAUUUGUUAUUAUUAUCUAGCCCUAAGACCAUGGAAGCCAAAUUUCAAUCCAGUUGAAGCCACCAUAGACUAUAUUGUAGCAUGGGUGAGACUCCCGGGUCUAGCCAUUGAGUAUUACGAAGAGGAGAUGCUAAAGAAGAUUGGAAACAUUCUUGGAAGGACUUUGAAGUUGGACUCAAACACGGCAGAUAAAUGUCGCGGUAAGUUCUCUCGGCUCUGUGUAGAGUUAGAUUUGACAGAACCUCUAGUUUCUCAAUAUUCCAUUAAUGGAGUAAGAUACACUGUCGAGUAUGAGGGCUUGCACAAUAUUUAUUUUAGGUGUGGCAUGGUUGGUCAUGAUAAAUUCAACUACCCAAAAUCAAAUGUGCAUGAGAAGCCUGGCAAUGGAAUUGAUUUAGAUGAUAAGAAGAAGGGAGAUGAAGAAGGUGAUUAG